AUGAAGUUCGACCUGGUAUCCACGGCGGUCCUGGCCCUCGCCCUCAGCGCAGAUCCUGGAUCUGCUGCUGGCCACGGCCCGUUUGCCCAAAAGGCCCGCGACGCCCUGAACGUGGCCAAGCGUACAACCCAGAAUCUCACCGCGUCUGGACACCACCCCAAGGACGACUUUCGUUUCCUCUCAAAGGAGACAAAACCCUACCUCGUCGACCACCUGCCUGACGUCCACUUCGACCUGGGAGAACUCUACUCUGGCCUCGUUCCCAUCGAGAAGAAUAACGACUCCCGUGCUCUGUUCUUCGUUUUUCAGCCUAAGCUCGGCGAUCCAGUAGAUGAAGUGACUAUCUGGCUAAAUGGUGGGCCGGGCUGUAGCUCUCUCGAGGGAUUCUUCCAGGAGAACGGUCGCUUCCUCUGGCAGGCGGGAACGUACGCGCCCGUUGAGAAUCCGUAUUCGUGGGUCAAUUUGACGAAUGUCCUUUGGGUGGAACAACCUGUCGGAACAGGAUACUCCGUCGGUACGCCGACGGCAAUCUCACAGGAGGAGACGGCGGAGGAUUUCGUCAAGUUCUUCAAGAAUUUCCAGCAGACGUUUGGAAUCAAGAACUUCAAGAUCUUCGUGACUGGUGAGAGUUACGCGGGACGCUAUGUGCCGUACAUCUCUGCGGCGAUGCUGGAUCAGGAUGACAAGGAGUAUUACGACCUCUCCGGUGCCCUCGUCUACGACCCCUGCAUCGGGCAACACGACUACGUCCAAGAACAAGUCCCCGCCGUCCCCUUUGUCCUCUCCAACGCCAACAUGUUCAACUUCAACGAAUCAUUCAUCUCGACCCUCGAAGACCUGCACAACACCUGCGGCUACGCAGACUUCCUCGACGAAUACCUCGUCUUCCCGCCCUCCGCGCAGCAGCCACCCAAAUUCUUCAACUACACGACCGACAGCGCCUGUGACGUCUUCGACCUCAUCAACAACGAAGCCUUUGCGUCGAAUACCUGUUUCGACAUCUACGAGAUCAACCAGAUGUGUCCGCUCAAGUGGGACGUCCUCGCGUUCCCCACAGAACUCGUUUACCAGGCCGAGGGCGCGAGUGUCUACUUUGACCGCGCCGAUGUAAAACGUGCGCUGCACGCUCCAGCCGAUAUAACGUGGUCGCUGUGCUCCAACGACCCGGUUUUCAUGGGCGGCGACGCGGGGCCCGAGUCCGAGGGCGACAUCUCCGCGAACCCGAUCGAGGCCGUCCUGCCGCAGGUCAUCGAAGCGACGAACCGCGUUCUCGUUAGCAACGGAGACUUCGACAUGAUCAUCAUCACCAACGGGACGUUACUCGCCAUCCAGAAUAUGACGUGGAAUGGCGCGCUAGGGUUCCAGGAGCGGCCUGCGGAGCCGAUUUAUAUCGACUUGCCGGAUCUGAGCUGGGCCGAGGUCCGGGAACAGAAUGGGUUAGACGCUGGGCAGGCGCAGGGGACUAUGGGCGUUCAGCAUUUUGAGCGUGGGCUUAUGUGGGCCGAGACGUACCAGAGUGGGCAUAUGCAGCCGGAGUAUCAGCCACGCGUUGCGUAUAGGCAUUUGGAGUGGGUGUUGGGGAGGGUCGAGAAGCUUUGA